UGCUACUGGCGGCACGUGUGGAAGGAACAAGGCUGAGGUUGGGACUACAUUGUGGAGCGUUUAUGACACCCAGCUGAUGAUGCACUAAAGCUGGAGAUGGAGAUGAUUUAACUGGGGAGAGACAGGCUGAAAGUUAAGCUUUAGGAAGAGUGGCCUGUCAGCACCCUAUAGGGAGAAUUGGAGUGGCUGCUUGCCAGAGCUGGCAAGAUCGUUCAGAGGCUUUGGCUUGGGCUAAAGAGGUUGUGGUGAAACCAGCCCAGAGAAGUUACAGGAUUUUCCCCCGGGGUCUCCUGCCCAGCAAGCCAGCGCCGUGACCCAGGUGUGGGAGAUGAUGGUGGCGUCUCUCACUCACGUGUAAAGGACGGAACCGCUGAACUCCAGGUUGCUUGCCUGGGAGUAGGAGAAAUCCACCUGCUGGGGGCUGAGCGUGGCCUGAGGGACAGGCCCUGGGUCCAGGGAUGCCCCUGCCCGAGCCCAGCGAGCAGGAGGGCGAGAGCGUGAAGGCUGGCCAGGAGCCAUCCCCCGAGCCAGCCACGGACGUCGUCCCGGCAGCCCCCAGGAAGCCCAGGAAGUUCUCCAAACUGGUCCUGCUCACAGCCUCCAACCAAGAUGAGGAUGGGGUGGGCUCCAAGCCCCAGGAAGUGCACUGCGUCCUUUCCCUGGAGAUGGCUGGCCCUGCCACCCUCGCCAGCACCUUGCAGAUCCUGCCAGUCGAGGAGCAGGGAAGGGUGGUCCAGUCAGCCCUGCAGAUGCCUGAACAGAAGUGCAGCAAGCUGGACACAGCCCCUCAGUCCCUGGAGUUCCUGAGGACACCAUUCGGGGGCCGCCUCCUGGUGCUGGAGUCCUUCCUGUACAAGCAGGAGAAGGCUGUGGGGGACAAGGUGUACUGGAAGUGCCGCCAGCAUGCUGAGCUGGGCUGCCGGGGCCGGGCCAUCACCCGAGGCCUGCGGGCCACAGUGAUGCGGGGCCACUGCCAUGUGCCCGAUGAGCAAGGCCUGGAGGCCCGGCGCCAGAGAGAGAAGCUGCCCAGCCUGGCCCUGCCAGAGGGCUUGGGAGAGCCCCAGGGUCCUGAGGGCCCUGGAGGCCCAGUGGAGGAGCCACUGGAGGGGGUGGGCCCUUGGCAGUGCCUUGAGGAGCCAGAGCCAGAGCCAGAGCCCACUCCUGGGCUGGUGCUGAGCAAGCCAGCCCCGGAGGAGGAUGAGGGACCCCGAGCCCUGUCACUGCUGAGCCUGCCGCCCAAGAAGCGUUCGAUCCUGGGGCUGGGACAGGCCCAGCCCCUCGAGUUCCUGAGGACGUGCUACGGGGGCAGCUUCCUGGUACAUGAGUCGUUCCUCUACAAGCGGGAGAAGGCUGUCGCGGACAAGGUGUAUUGGACCUGCCGGGACCACGCACUGCACAGCUGCCGGAGCCGGGCCAUCACCCAGGGACAGCGGGUGACCGUGAUGCGUGGCCACUGCCACCCUCCCGAUAUGGAGGGCCUGGAAGCCCGGCGGCAGCAGGAGAAGGCCACGGAGACACUGCAGGCUGGGCAGGACGGCCCUGGGAGCCAAGUGGACACGCUGCUCCGAGGUGUGGAUAGUCUGCUCUACCACAGCGGUCCUGGUCCCCUGACUCUCACCACGCCCCGGCCCAGAAAGCGAGCGAAGGUCGAAGACCAGGAGCUGCCAACCCAGCCGCAAGCCCCAGAAGGAUCCCCGGAUGAGGACCAGGACGUGGAUGCAGACCCUGGAGGCCCUGAGUUCCUGAAGACGCCCCUGGGGGGCAGCUUCCUCGUGUAUGAGUCCUUCCUCUACCGGCGGGAGAAGGCAGCCGGGGAGAAGGUGUAUUGGACCUGCCGAGACCAGGCCCGCAUGGGCUGCCGCAGCCGCGCCAUCACCCAGGGCCGACGGGUGACUGUGAUGCGUGGCCACUGCCACCCACCCGACCUGGGGGGCCUGGGGCUUGCUACCCACCUCCAUCCCCUGCUUCCACUACCACCUGAUGUGCCCACGACGCCCCAGGCUGCCUCCCCACCUCUGUGGCCCCUGAGCCUGCACGGAGGAAAGGGUAUUCUCUGGGCAAGGCACUGCCACCCACAGGGUCCUCCCUCUCACCACAUCCAGGACAGUGGACGCUUCCUACCUCUUCCUCACAGUCCUCGGGUCACCUCUCUACCUGCCCAGCUCUCGGGGGCCACCCCUCUCAGCCCGAUCCAGCUCCCGAGCAGCUUUGUCCCCUGAGGGCCCUGGGUCGUUCCUCUGACCCAUCAGGCACAGUGCACCCUGCAUGCGAGCCUGGGCGGACGCUGGGGACGGACGCCUGACGCAGCAGACAAUGCCUCCCUGAAGGCAUCGCAGCGUGGGACGCUUGGCCUCCACCUGCAGGGGCCUCACCUCAGCAGUCCCCAGCCUCAGGAGAGGGACCACCCCAGCAGCUGGAGCCCCAGUGGAGUUGGAGGGAUGGUAGCAUCUGUGUCCUGAGCUCCGGGGCCACCUCACUGUGAGGAGGGGGUGUAGGCAUCGCGGGAGGUCUCACCUCAGGGCCAUGCUGAUCUUGGCUCUGAGAGCUGGUGUCCUCUGCUCCUCCCUUCCCAUUUCUCAACAGGAGGCCCAGAGUUCUUGAAGACGCCCCUGGGGGGCAGCUUCUUGGUGUACGAGUCCUUCCUCUACCGGCGGGAGAAGGCAGCCGGGGAGAAGGUGUAUUGGACCUGCCGGGACCAGGCCCGCAUGGGCUGCCGCAGCCGCGCCAUCACCCAGGGCCGGCGCGUCAUGGUCAUGCGCAGCCACUGCCACCAGCCCGACCUGGCAGGCCUGGAGGCCUUGAGGCAAAAGGAGCGACGCCCCAACAUGGCGCAGCGGGGGAGCCCAGAACCCCUCCCACCCCUGGAGUUCCUGAGGACUUCCCUGGGGGGCAGGUUCCUGGUGCACGAGUCCUUCCUCUAUAGGAAGGAGAAGGCGGCCGGGGAGAAGGUGUACUGGAUGUGCCGGGACCAGGCUCGGCUGGGCUGCCGCAGCCGCGCCAUCACCCAGGGCCACCGCGUCAUGGUCAUGCGCAGCCACUGCCACCAGCCCGACCUGGCAGGCCUGGAGGCCUUGAGGCAAAAGGAGCGGCUCCCCAGCACGGCCCAGCAGGAGGAUCCAGAAAAGAUUCAAGUUCAGCUGUGUUUCAAGACGUGUCCUCCCGAAAGCCAGCCGAUGUAUGGGUAAUUGUAUUAGUUAUCUAAUGGUGCGUGACCAAUUACAGCAAAACGUAGUGGGCUUAAAACAACAAA